AUGGCGGCCCCACGGCAGCCCCGGACUCCGAGCCGGCAGACGUGCCCCUGCUUCUGCCACGCCCCGGGCUUGUCCCGCUGCCGCGCGGCUCUGCGGCCCCCUGCGGAAGCAGAAGUCUCAGCGCUGCCGCUUCUGCGUGCUCCGCGCGGACCGCCGCGCCUCCAGGGCUACGGGAGCGAGAAGUUCCGCGGGAACCUGGCGGGCGCGUGCACCACCAGCCAGCGCGUGGACGCGCGCCAGGGCACCGGAUCGUCCUGCACCCGCGCGACCGCAGCCUGGGCGUGGGGCGGCCUGCGAGGCGGAGCAGCAGGCGCACAGCGCCCUGCUCCUGGCCGGCGCCUCCGCCCCGCCGGCCCACACCCCACCCCCGGCCCAGGAGCCCCCUGUGACCGGCGCCCCGCCUCUCCGGGUGUCAGCUUCCACGAGGACCCCGGCGCCUGGAUCCUUGCUCCCCUUCAGGACGUCUGGCCCGUGACGCUGCGACCCAAGGGACCGGGGCGGACACGAGGCCUGGGCAGCGGCGGCUAGGCCUUGCUGCGGAAGCCCAAGGGCAGAGGCUCUGGGGACACUCAGGCUUCGCUGCCACCGGCCCUUCGCCUGUCCCCGUUCAGCGUGCGCCGCUGCGGCCAAGCAGACUCCUUCUUCCUGGAGCUCGGCCGCUCGGUGCCCGCAGGUCCCGGGGAGCUGUGGCUACAGGCGCCCGACGCCGCCGUGGGGGCCCAAAGCCUUCAUGAGACUGUACUGGCCGCCAUGAGGUGCCUCGGGGAUGGCGGUGCGGGUGGCAGGGCUGAGCCACUGCCCAGGGAUCCGCCGACCAGCGCCUGCACACCCGGCGUCUCCCAACCUCAUGCGACCCUGGCCUCGGCAGCCCAGUCAAGCAGCCUGAGCCAUCGCGGGGGCCUGCGUGAGAAGGGCGGGAAAGCAGCCCUGCACCCGAGGACCUGGAACGCGGCCUCACCCCGAGGACCUGGAACGCGGCCGGGAGCGAUUAUGAACCCAUGGGGGGUGGCCAAACUAGGGGCUACAUGGUGACUGCGCCCCCAGGCCUUACGGCUGCUCCCCACAAGCCACUCCAGAGUUGCAGGGGCACUGAAUUCAUGCCCAUGAGCCGCUUUCCGCCAGGGCCUUUGUCCCGGAGUGCCCUGCCCCGUUUCUAUUAGCCCAGGGCCGGGGGAGCUGGGACCUUUGUUCCAAGGCCCCUGUCGCAGGGUGGGGAACAUUAGGGACUGGGAGGGGUUCAUCCCCACCCGCAGCUGCCCUCAGAGCUCAUAGGGGAGGGAGUACAUGUGCAUCAAUUAGGUGGCCCCAGACUACUUAGGAAUGGGCACUGCCAUACCAGACCCCCCAACGGCCGCCUCGACUAUGUCGACCUGGACCUGGUCCCUCCACUGGAGGCUCGAGGCGACGCCCCUGGGUCUGGCACACAACACUGGCACUGCUAUGCGCGCAUCGGCUUCCCUGAACCUCAGAGAGGCUCCCGUAAGGAGACAGGCAGCCGCGCCCUGUCUAGCUAGGAAUGGAUGGGGAGGGGAGAGAAAACAGGCCAAAUUUAGGAAUACUUUCCUGCCUGCUCCCCUCAACUCCCCCACUGGAUCCCAAAAUAGAGGGGCUCUCAGGCCCCCUAGCACCUACAACUUACAGAAGCUUUGAGCUGCCCCUUAGGGCCUGCUGCCCCCUCCACCCCUUCCAGAUGUGGUAUAGGAAAUCCUCAGGAAAAGGCUCCCCAAGAGUUGGGAUUCUUUUAAGGGAGAAAAUUCUAGAACCGCCCCCCCUUCCCACCCACAAACCCCUACGAACUCCAGGCUUUCUCAGCCAAAGCCCCAAUCCUUUCUUUCCUGGCAGCCUUCCUGCAGCAUCAUUCCAGAUCUCAGGUCAGCUUUGGCUCUCCCCACUUUGCCUCCAAUGACUUCCACAUGGACUUGCUCCUCCCCACCCCACACCUGCAGGGCCUGCCUUCUGUCUCCUCCCAGCCAAAGAACCAAUCCCCCACACCAGGACUGAGUUCCUAGGGCCCUAGAGCAAGAGGUACCAGGUAUCUUACCUCUACUGCUUCUCUAAAGUGCUAUGCCACUCCCUUACUCCCUCAUUUCCCUCUUCCAGUGCCAGCCACGUGUUCACACAAUCCUCCCUUCUCUGGAGCCUGGUGGAGCUGAUGCACCUCUUGCUUCCAUAUACUUAUCUUCUGUAAUACUGUACUGUGGACCCCCACAGCCCAUGCCCUAUUAAAGUGGCCCUGCUUGGUCAGCCUGGAAA